AUGCGCGCCCUCAUUACGGGAGGCAGCGGCUAUCUGGGAUUUCGCCUUGGGACCGAGCUCGCCAAGCAAGGCAUCGAGGUGGUACUUCUGGACAUCGCCCGCCCCGCACAGGCUCUGCCUGCCGGCGUGCAUUUUUUUCCUGGCAGCGUCGCCGAUGCAGCCGCGGUCGAUGCAGCAUUUACCUCUUUGCCCGGGUCCAUAGAUGCAGUCUUCCACGUCGCAUCGUACGGGAUGUCAGGGCGGGAGCUCCGAGACCGCUCCAAAAUCUUCUCCGUUAACGUUGGUGGGACACGCAAUGUGAUUUCAUCUUGCUUACGCUACGGCGUGCCCCGGCUGGUCUACGUGUCUACCUGCAACGUGAUCUUCGUGGGCAAGCCCAUAAGUGGCGGCGACGAGACGGCGCCGUACCCGCCACCCGCCGCCUACAAGGACGCCUACAGCUCUACCAAAGCCCAAGCGGAGAAGCUGUCAUCAUCAUCAUCAUCAUCACCAUCUGGUCCUGAUCCUGGCGCUGCUGCUGCCGCUGCUGGGUGUGGCGGGCGGCUGUACACGUGUUGCAUCCGUUCCACAGGCAUUUGGGGUCCAGGGGAGACGCGCCACCAGCCGCGGGUAAUCCGGAUGGUGCGUGCGGGUUUGUUCCAAGCGACAUUCGGAGAACCUUCUAGCCUCAGUGACUGGAUUUAUGUUGACAACCUGGUUCAGAUUCUGGUCCUAGCCGAACGAGGGCUAAGAAUAAGAAAAGAGCAAGAAAGCGCACAGCAACAGCAGCAGGAACAGCAACAGCGGCACUUUGUGGUCUACUACGCCUCCGACGGCGAGCCCAUUAACAACUUCCUGCAUUUCAAGCCCUUCAUUGUGGGGCUUGGAUACCGCUAUCCCUCCCUCAACGUCCCCUUCGCCUUGGUGUACGGCAUUGCGUGGCUCAUUGAGUAUGCAUGGCCACUGCUGAGUCACCUCGUGGCGGACCCGCCGCUGACGAGAAUGGAAGUUGAUAAGUGCUGCAUUGAGCAUUGGUUCGACAUCAGCAAGGCUCGACGGGAGCUGGGCUACAAGCCGAUAGCGUACGAUAGGGCGGAGGUUGUACGGGAUAUGGCGGCUGCAGGUUGGGCGGCAGCGGAUGCGCGCAAAACCACUGCGGGCCGGAGGCUUCUGGGUAUGAAUUUAGCGAUGCUGCCAGCCGUGGUGCUGGUGGUGGCUUUGUUCCUGGCGGCAGUGUACGGCGUAGGUCGCGGAACCGUACGGCAACAGUAA